CUCCACGUGGACUCGGUGGCAUCAUGGCGGGAGCCGAGGCCCCCCAGCCGCAGAAGCGCUAUUACCGGCAGCGCGCGCACUCCAACCCCAUGGCGGACCACACGCUGUGCUACCCUGUGAAGCCAGAGGAGAUGGACUGGUCUGAGCUUUACCCAGAGUUCUUUGCUCCGCUAACUCAAAAUAAGAGCCAUGAUGAUCCAAAGGAUAAGAAAGACCAGCAGUCCGGGGCCCAAGUGGAGUUUGCAGACAUAGGCUGUGGCUAUGGUGGUUUGUUAGUGGCACUGUCACCACUCUUCCCAAACACCCUGAUCCUGGGUCUGGAGAUCCGGGUAAAGGUGUCAGACUACGUGCAAGACAGGAUUCGGGCUCUCCGUGCGAAUCCCGGAGGUGGAUUCCAGAACAUCGCCUGUCUGCGCAGUAAUGCCAUGAAGCACCUUCCCAACUUCUUCCGCAAGGGCCAGCUGAAGAAGAUGUUCUUCCUCUUCCCCGACCCGCAUUUUAAGCGAACAAAGCAUAAAUGGCGAAUCAUCAGCACCACGCUCCUGGCGGAGUAUGCCUACGUGCUGCAAGUUGGGGGCCUGGUGUACACCGUCACCGAUGUGCUGGAACUGCACCAGUGGAUGUGCGCCCAUUUCGAAGAGCACCCACUGUUUGAGCGUGUGUCUCUGGAAGAGCUAAGUGAAGAUCCCAUCGUGGAACAUCUAGGCACGUCAACUGAGGAAGGAAAGAAAGUUCUGCGCAAUGGAGGGAAGAAUUUCCCAGCCAUCUUCCGAAGAAUACAGGACCCCAUCCUCCAGGUGGUGACCCCCAACCCCACGCUGCCUGACCACUGACUUCUUACCCUGCCUUAGCUGGACUCGCUCUACUAGUGACUGGAAGAAAGAUCAGCUCCCCAUUCCAGGCCUUCCGAGACUGGUGGGGCAGAGGCCACAAUCUCCCUGAGACGGUGCAGCCUGCCUUCUUACCCGUCACUGACUUACUGCUUUCUUGACCCUCCACUGUCAGAAGAAAGCAAAAGAAGCUGACUGAGGAGGUCAGAGGACCUUGGACCAGAGGGUAUAUUUGGAGGGGUGUGGGGAUUUGUUCUCCCUCAGCAGCUGGAGUGAAGAGUGCAGUGACCUACUGUCUAAGCUCUGGGUUUGGC